UAUCUCUCGUUCCUGUCGCUGCUGCGAGGUCCAGCGGCUUUUCAAGAUGGCGGCUUUUAGGCGCGGGCUUUAGAGGAGAGGCGGCGUUGGUAGGGCUGCCUUUUAGUCCCUGGAAGGAAUGCGGCGGCGGCGGGGCUAAGAGCAUCCCUUCGAGAGGCGCUUCGGCGGGGGCUUUGCUCGUCGCCAGCCUCGCUUAAGGGUCCCGGCUUUGAAGGGCCUUUCUUGUGGGAUUCCCAUUGUAGUGAAGAUCAGUCAUCGGAAGUGUAAAAGAAACAAGCUGUCAAAAUGGGUCGAAGAUCCACAUCUUCCACCAAGAGUGGGAAGUUCAUGAAUCCCACGGACCAAGCUCGCAAGGAGGCCCGAAAGAGGGAGCUCAAGAAGAACAAGAAGCAACGCAUGAUGGUGCGAGCAGCAGUCCUAAAGAUGAAAGAUCCCAAACAAAUAAUUCGGGACAUGGAAAAACUUGAUGAAAUGGAGUUUAACCCAGUACAGCAACCACAGCUCAAUGAGAAGGUGUUGAAGGACAAGCGCAAAAAACUGCGUGAGACCUUUGAGCGUAUCCUGCGACUUUAUGAGAAGGAGAAUCCAGACAUCUAUAAGGAGUUGCGCAAGCUAGAAGUGGAAUAUGAGCAAAAGAGAUCUCAACUCAGCCAGUACUUUGAUGCUGUGAAGAAUGCUCAGCAUGUUGAAGUGGAGAGUAUCCCUCUGCCAGAUAUGCCUCAUGCCCCUUCCAAUAUCCUCAUUCAGGACAUCCCUCUACCAGGAGCCCAGCCUCCCUCUAUUCUAAAAAAGACAUCAGCCUAUGGACCUCCUGUCCGGCCUGUUACCAUCCUCCCACCCCCUGGGCAUGGUGUUCCUCGUUUACCUCCAGGUAGAAAGCCUCCUGGACCUCCACCAGGGCCGCCACCUCCUCAAGUCUUGCAGAUGUAUGGUCGCAAAGCAGGAUUCACCCUAGAGAUGGCCCCUCGGAGGAGAGAUGAGGAGGUAUCUUAUAGUCCAGAAACAGGGCCACGAGGGCAUGAUGAAGAGGCUUCCAGUACCAGUGAAGAUGAAGGGUACCCCGAAGACAUGGAUCAGGACAAGCAUGAUGACACUACUGAUGAUAGUGAUAGUGACAGAAGUGAUGCAGACAGUGAAGGGGAGGAGUUCAUGCAUCAUGAUGACAAUGCUGAAAGGGAGGGUGGUGAAGACAAGAAAUCAGGUCAUAGUGUACGGUUUGCUGACAUUCCUGGAAAAUCCCGGAAGAAGAAAAAGAACAUGAAGGAGCUUACUCCACUUCAAGCCAUGAUGUUACGGAUGGCUGGUCAGGAAAUUCCUGAGGGAGGCAAAGAGAUAGAAGAAUAUUCUGAAGAAGAGGAUGAUGAUGAUGAAGAGGACUCUGAUGCUGAAGAUACAUCACAGCAACAAAGCACAGAAGAGUCCCAUGCAGAGACUUCAUCAUCGACACCCUCUCAGACAGCCCAGCCACAGCAGCAGCCUCCACCUCAGCCUGUUCCUCCAACUCAGAUACAGGCACCUCCCAUGCCUGGGCCGCCUCCUCUUGGACCACCACCUGCACCACCGCUGAGGCCUCCAGGGCCACCUACUGGUCUUCCUCCUGGUCCACCUCCAGGAGCUCCUCCAUUCCUGAGGCCACCAGGAUUGCCUGGACUGCGUGGGCCUUUACCACGACUCUUGCCACCCGGACCUCCCCCUGGACGCCCACCUGGUCCUCCACCUGGUCCACCACCAGGUCUCCCACCUGGCCCUCCUCCAAGGGGCCCACCACCUCGUCUGCCACCUCCAGCUCCUCCAGGUAUCCCCCCUCCACGUCCAGGCAUGUUACGCCCUCCCCUGGUGCCUCCACCUGGAUUAUUCCCUCCAGCCCCUAUUCCGAACCCUGGGGUACUGAGUGCUCCCCCCAGCUUGAUCCAGCGUCCCAAGGCGGAUGACACCAGCGCAGCUACCAUUGAGAAGAAAGCCACUGCAACAAUCAGUGCCAAGCCCCAGAUCACCAACCCCAAGGCUGAGAUCACUCGUUUUGUGCCCACGGCUUUGCGGGUCCGCCGAGAAAACAAGGGGACUGCUGCUUCCACCCAAAGGAAACCUGAUGAUGAACCUUCUGUUCAGAUAACCAAGACAACACCUAAGGUUGGCUCUUCUGCCCCUGUUUCUGUGCAGACCAAGGAUGAUGUGUAUGAAGCCUUUAUGAAGGAAAUGGAGGGGUUACUGUGACAACCCAUUCCCAAUUAACAUUUGUAUCCUCUGUGAUGAGAUCAAACUAUACUGUGUUAGGGGUUCCAUGUUAUAGUGGCAUCCGUUUGAAGAGCUCCUUAUAUCAUGACAAGGAGUAGUCUCCCAUCCCAUUUAACUUGAGAUGGAAGUUGGAGAAAGGGGAAACAUUAUAGGGAGUGGAAAGAGACACAGUCACCUACCCACCCUUUUAUGAAAGUCUGUUAAGACUCAGUUGCAUCUGUGUUCCCUGGAAAAGCUGUUGUCUCCUAGAGUACUUUUUUAGUUGAUGCAAAGAAUAAAUUUGAGGAACCUGAACACACUGGUAAACUGUUUCCUGAACUUAUGGCUGAUCAUCCGGUUGUUCUGUUCUGUUUUUGUGGCUUUCUGUAAAUAUUUUGUAAUGCUGAUUUUUAGUUGGGGGUGAGAACUGGUUUACACACUGUCAUAGAGCUGAGUAGGCUAGUGUUUGCAUAUGUGGCAUGCAAACAUUUUUCACCCUACAUAUAUAUCCUGCAGUCACUUUGGUGGCUUUUUGUUGACAGGAGAAAUAUCAUUGACUUAUGAAUGAGAAUAAAUAUUUGAUGUAUUACAA